AUGGCUUCUGCUUUGCCGCCAGACGCGCCGCCUGCCGUCCUCCCUGACCUCCCCGUCCAUGAUGACCCGCCCGACCGAGCUCCCCGAAGCAACGCGGCGACGGCGGCGUCGGCGGCCGGUGUUCGUGCCGUGAGCGCCCAGGUCGUCGCCUUCUACUUUCGCGCGCCGGCAAAGGCGUUCUUCCGCACCCGCGUCGACUACCUGGCCUACGCUCGCACCCUUCACCAGGCCCAGACGAUGCCCCUCUGGCAGGCCAUCGCCGACGAUCAAUUGGCCUCGCGCCGCACCCUCCUCUGGAGGCAAACAUGGCUCUGGUUGCGCGGCACCACGCCGGGCGUCUUGACCUCUGCCGUCAAGCACCAGGGGUGGUCCGUCAUACCUCACCAGAUUCUCCCGCCCCUCAUCGCCAACGUCGGUGUCGGUGCCGUCCUGUACACCAGCUACCUGCAAAUCCUCGGCCGCCUGCACGAGGAGAGCGGCAAGGCAACCAAGAGGGUCUAUCCGCCACCUUUGCCCCAGCAUACCUUUGCCGCCGGCUUUCUCGCCGGUGCUCUCCAGAGCGUUCUCGCUGCCCCGCUCGAUGCCCUGCAAGCCCGUUACGAUCACCGUGACCUCAUGCCCAACGAUGGUAGUGGCAAACCACGAAGCAUGUGGACCUUUGGCGCCGAGAAACUGCGCGAGAUUGGCCUCCGUGGCGUCUUUGCCGGCUGGGGGCUGUCUUUUGCCAAGGAUAGUCUUGGGAGUGCCGUCUUCUUCAGCAUGUUCGAGUACGUCAAGGCCCAGAGCUACUACAGCUUCGUCAAGUGGUACUAUGGCGGACUCGGUCAGGAAGUCGUCGACAUCUUGGCCACGAAACGCCCUUCCAACCAGGACACGGACCGUGACCGCGAAAAGAGAACGAUCCGACCGCAUUACGCGUUGGAGCCCAUGUUUCUUCUGUGUGCCGGCUUCAGCGCCUCCUUCGCUCAGCAGCUGUUGCUCCACCCCCUGACGCACUUUCAGGUCGAGCACUGGGACCAUCUCGAAGAUCUGGACGCGAAGGCGGCGAGGUACAAGAAUGCCAAGGGCGCAAGCCUCGACCUGCCCGAACGGAGGUGGAGGAUGCUGCGCGCCUACUACCACGCCUACCAAGAGACGUGGGCCGCCUGCGCGGCCGAGGCUGCGGCCGACCGUCAAAGUAUCGGCCGCUGGCUUUACCGGGGUUUCUGGUGGAACGCGAUCCGUCAGGUACCGAGCACGAGCGCAGGCCUCAUCAUCUUUGAACUGAUACGGCGGAAGUACGGUUUCGGCUCGGAGGAGGUCCGCAUCACCAAGGACGGGUACGACAUCCUACUGAACUGA